CGAAGCCUCGACGACUUACACAUAUCAACACGUACUUUAUGUGGUAGUUGUCUCUAUCCAGCGGCCAAGAUUUCGCCACGUCCUCACUUCCUCCCUCCUUAAAACCACUCGUAACACCAUCCCCCAAAUUACAUAUCCGCCAUUGUUUCCGGCAACGCAAACUACCAAAAAAAAUAAUGGAGGUCGAAAGAGUCCAAGACAUUUCAUCUUCUUCUCUACUAACAGAAGCAAUCCCGUUGGAGUUCAUCAGAUCAGAGAAAGAACAACCAGCGAUCACAACAUUCCGAGGUCCAACGCCGGCGAUUCCCGUCGUCGAUCUAAGCGAUCCCGACGAAGAAAGCGUGAGGCGCGCGGUGGUGAAAGCGAGUGAAGAAUGGGGGCUAUUCCAAGUGGUUAACCACGGGAUUCCGACGGAGCUGAUACGACGUUUACAAGACGUCGGAAGAAAAUUCUUCGAGCUUCCUUCGUCGGAGAAAGAAUCCGUCGCUAAACCGGAAGAUUCGAAAGACAUUGAAGGAUACGGAACAAAGCUUCAGAAAGAUCCAGAAGGUAAAAAAGCUUGGGUCGAUCAUCUCUUCCAUCGAAUCUGGCCACCGUCAUGCGUCAAUUACAGAUUCUGGCCUAAGAAUCCACCUGAAUACAGGGAGGUGAAUGAAGAGUAUGCAGUGCAUGUGAAGAAGCUAUCGGAGACGUUAUUAGGGAUUCUCUCGGAUGGAUUAGGGUUAAAGCGUGAUGCGUUGAAAGAAGGUCUCGGCGGAGAGAUGGCGGAGUAUAUGAUGAAGAUUAACUAUUAUCCGCCGUGUCCUCGGCCGGAUUUAGCUUUAGGUGUACCGGCUCAUACAGAUCUCAGUGGAAUCACUCUUCUUGUUCCUAACGAAGUUCCUGGACUUCAAGUUUUCAAAGAUGAUCACUGGUUCGAUGCAGAGUAUAUUCCCUCCGCCGUCAUUGUUCACAUCGGCGAUCAGAUUCUGAGGUUGAGUAAUGGGAGGUAUAAAAAUGUGUUGCAUAGGACGACGGUGGAUAAAGAGAAGACGAGGAUGUCGUGGCCGGUUUUCUUGGAGCCUCCCCGUGAAAAGAUUGUUGGACCUUUACCGGAACUAACCGGAGAUGAUAAUCCUCCAAAGUUUAAACCGUUUGCUUUCAAGGAUUACAGUUACCGCAAGCUCAAUAAACUUCCUCUGGAUUGAGAAAAAUCAAUACGAGAAGAAUAAUUUGUGGUUGUGGAAUAGGAAGUGGUUCGUUAUUGAGUUGUUGUUUUCCCGCGGUUGUGUCUCUUGCUUAUUGUUAUUUUAUGUUUAAAAUAAAGAUUAAAACAUCUACCUACAUUGUGUGUGAUGUUGACAUGUUUUUAUUGUGUUGCGAUGCCUUUGCAAGUUAUGUCGGACCAUUUUUAGGCAUUGGAAAGAGUAGGUUUGUAUUUUGUAAAUUUUUAACCUGUCACGGAAAAAAAUCGGUGAUCAUUUUUAAUGUGAUAUAAUCUAUAUAAUGAAACUUAUUUCUAUCCAAAGUCCAAA